AUGCUCGAUUGCGCGUCUUUCUUGCCUGAGGCGGGGCGCCGCGAGGAGAUCGCGAAGGUCGCCAACGAUGCUUUAGCGAAGGCCGGAUUCAGCUCGCGCGAGAGUUUGGUGUUCACCGGGUUCUCCGAUCUCGGCACCUUGGCCAAGGCCCCGGGGCUCGCCGAGGCGGUGAUUCGCCGCGCCCUCGCCGUCGUCAAAGAGGGGGCACCCGCGCUGCCCGCGGCGGGCGGCGGGGCCGUCGCGAAGACCGAAUCGGCCGCCACUCUGCACAUCAAUCUCGAAGAGCGGUUGACGGCACUCAAUCUCGCCGGCCUGCCGCGCGAGCUUAAGCCGCCCUCGGUCCUCGUGGGCCAGAUGGCGACGGAUAUCGCAAGGCCACUUGCGCGCAUCGCGCGCCGCCCCGCGAACGCGACCUGCUGCGCGCGCGGGUUGAAGCGGCAGGGGGUCGCCGCGCCUUUCACUGCGCGCGACCUGCGCAAGUUUUUGCCCGGCUGGUGCGCGGAUGAGAAACGCGCCACUUUGACCAUGACGCAAUGGCAAAGCGAG